UGUGAAGCAAUCACUGCAAUGAAGGAAAUCAUCAUUUGCUUCGUGGCCUUCCUGGCCUUGGCUACAGCCACACCACUAUGUGAAAAAGCAUCAGACUGCAAAGACGAUGAAUGCUGCGUAGCUUUGUCGGCGUUAGCAGCUUCAAGAAAAGGAGUUUGCGUAAAGCUCAGGAGAGAGAGACAACGAUGCAGUCCACCUGAGUCUCAACUCGCUGAAGAGUUUUACGGCGGAAAGUACUUGCAGUUCUGUCCCUGUCAACAGAGUCUUGAAUGUGUAACUAAACCACCAUCUAAACUUUACCGUUGUCAAAAGCAAGCUGCUACAACAGCAGGGCCCGACCAAACAACGGCUCCUCGUGAAGGAACAACAGGUCCUGCAGAUGAAGGAACAACACCCCCUGCUGAGGAAGAAACUACCCCUCCAGCAGAUGAAGAAACAACGCCAACUACGCCAGCCGAGAAUGAAGACAAUAAUGAAGAAACCCCCGAUGAAACUCCCGAUGAAGAAACCCCCGAUGAAACUCCCGAUGAAGAAACCCCCGAUGAAACUCCCAAUGAAGAAACUCCGGAUGAAACUCCCGAAGAAGAAACUCCUAAUGAGGAAGCACCCCCGCAAGGCCCUGGUGGGGAGCCACCACGAGAUGACGACUGCGCAGACUGGGAACUGCCGUGUUAAAUGGAUAGAAAGUCAGACAAAUCUUUUGGACUCAAAUAAAAUGUGCUGGGGUUCCUAAAAAAAAAAAACAACAAUACUUCCUUUAUUGUAAAAGGAAGCAAAAAAUGUGGAUGCUGUUUAAGUUGUCUGUAUCUUUUUUAUGUCAGGAAUAAAAUAUCAUCAGGUAUAAUGCAUCAGGUAUAA